AUGGAUGAACAAUUAAUUGCAACCAUUAAUAAGUUACAGGAUGCAUUGGCUCCAUUAGGCGGCGGAUCAUCAUCACCAGUCGAUUUACCACAAAUUACAGUUGUUGGAUCGCAAUCUUCUGGUAAAUCUUCUGUAUUAGAGAACAUUGUUGGUAGAGAUUUCUUACCAAGAGGAACUGGUAUUGUUACUAGAAGACCAUUAGUAUUACAGUUAAUUAAUAGAAGACCAACAAAAGAAAAUAAAAAGGAUUUAUUAGAUAUCAAUGCAUCGGAGGAUGGAGGUCAAUCAGAAAAUAAUGUUGAUGAAUGGGGGGAAUUUUUACAUUUACCAGGUAAAAAAUUCUAUAAUUUUGAAGAUAUUAGAAAUGAAAUUGUUCGUGAAACAGAUGCCAAAACCGGUAAAAAUUUAGGUAUUUCACCAGUUCCAAUUAAUUUGAGAAUUUAUUCACCACACGUUUUAACUUUAACAUUAGUUGAUUUACCUGGUUUAACUAAAGUUCCAGUUGGAGAUCAACCAAAAGAUAUUGAAAAACAAAUUAGAGAUAUGAUUAUGAAAUUUAUUUCUAAACCAAAUGCAAUUAUAUUGUCAGUUAAUGCUGCAAAUACUGAUUUAGCAAAUUCUGAUGGUUUAAAAUUAGCAAGAGAAGUAGAUCCUGAAGGUUCAAGAACAAUUGGUGUUUUAACUAAAGUUGAUCUUAUGGAUCAAGGUACUGAUGUCAUUGAUAUUUUAGCAGGUAGAGUUAUUCCAUUAAGAUUUGGCUAUGUUCCGGUUAUUAAUAGAGGUCAAAAAGAUAUAGAAACUAAAAAGACAAUUAGAGAAGCUUUAACUAAUGAAGCUAAUUUUUUCGAAAAUCAUCCAUCUUAUAGAGCAAAAGCACAAUUUUGUGGUACACCAUAUUUAGCUAAAAAAUUAAAUGGUAUAUUAUUACAUCAUAUUAAAAGUACAUUACCUGAUAUUAAAAUGAGGAUUGAACAUUCAUUGAAAAAAUAUCAAAAUGAAUUACAAUUAUUAGGUCCAGAAUUAGCAGAAUCGCCAGCUUCAAUAGCUUUGAAUAUGAUUACAAAUUUCACAAAGGAUUAUACUGGAAUUUUAGAUGGUGAAUCAAAGGAAUUAAGUUCACAAGAAUUGAGUGGUGGUGCUCGUAUAUCAUUUGUAUUUCAUGAAAUUUUCAAAAAUGGUAUAACCGCUUUAGAUCCAUAUGAUCAAAUUAAAGACGCUGAUAUUAGAACAAUUUUACAUAAUACCUCAGGUUCUGCUCCUUCUUUGUUUGUUGGUACAUCUGCUUUUACUGUAUUAGUUAAACAACAAAUUAAAAGGAUGGAAGAACCAUCAAUAAGAUGUAUCAAUUUGAUCUUUGAUGAAUUGGUUCGUAUAUUAUCUCAAAUUAUAGGUCAACCACAAUAUUCAAGGUAUCCAGCAUUAAAAGAACAAUUAUCAAAUUUUUUCAUACAAUAUUUAAGAGAAGCUUUAAUACCAACUAAUAAUUUUGUUGUUGAUAUUAUAAAAUCAGAAGAGACUUAUGUUAAUACUGCUCAUCCAGAUUUAUUAACUGGUACACAAGCGAUGGCAUAUGUUGAAGAAAAAUUUCAUCCAAGACCACAAAUUCAAGUAGAUCCAAAAACUGGUAAACCUUUACCUAAUCAACAACCACAGCAACAACAACAACAAAUACAAUCACCAAAUCAUGCAAAUAUACCUAAAACUGAUGAAAAUAGUAAUGGGUUUUUUGGAGGGUUUUUCUCAUCAAAAAAUAAAAAAAGAUUACAACAAAUGGAAGCUCCACCACCAGUAUUAAGAGCAACAGGUACAAUGACAGAAAGAGAAACUAUGGAAACAGAAGUUAUUAAAUUAUUAAUAUCGUCAUAUUACAAUAUUGUUAAAAGAACAGUUGCUGAUGUUGUACCAAAAGCUAUUAUGUUAAAAUUAAUUAAUAGAUCAAAAGAUGAAAUUCAAAAAGAAUUAUUAGAAAAAAUGUAUAAUAAUCCUGAAUUACCAGAUUUAGUGAAAGAAAAUGAAUUAACAGUACAAAAGAGAAAAGAAUGUAUUAGAAUGGUCGAAGUAUUAAAAAAUGCUAGUGAAAUUGUUUCAUCUGUAUAG